ACUGUGAACGAUUUUACGACUGGUGAAAGGUUGACGGAAUCACAUCAGAGAAUUGUAGACCGAGGCCAUCUUGACCGAGACGCACAUCUACGGAAAGGUAAAUUGGCACCAAAGAUGGUGAAGAUUUUCGUUGGGAACCUUCCGCCUCAGGCGGAGACGGAUGAGAUCCAGGCCCUCUUUGCUCAGUAUGGUACAGUGACUGAGUGUGCCAUCAUCAAGAACUUCGCAUUUGUUCACAUGGAGGAUCGCAAGAGUGCAACCAAAGCCAUACGCAACUUGCAUUUGUAUAAGUUGCACGGUGUACCGAUAAAUGUAGAGGCUAGCCAUGGAAAGAACCAGGGCCCAAUUAAAUUGCAUGUGGCUAAUGUUGAGAAGGGCUCUGCAGAUGCAUUGCGGGCACUGUUUGAAGAAUACGGCACAGUAUCCGAGUGUUCCGUCGUCAAAAACUUCGCUUUCGUUCAUAUGCCCAAUUCAGAGGAGGCUAUGGACGCAAUGAAGGGCUUGGCAAACGCUGAGUUCCAAGGCAAAAGGAUUCAUGUUCAGAUCUCAAAGAGCCGCCCUAGGGGUGGCGAUGAGGAGUACCAACAUGGCCCCCCAGAAAGAGCAGGCUAUUGGGGACCUCGUUUUCCUGGUGACCGCCCAGAACCCGGCCCGCCUGGUUAUCCCAGGGGUCGGUUUGGCCCCCCUGUCUCUCACGGCUACCCCCCUGCCCCCCCUCCUCCCCCUCCCCCUCCCCCCAGACGCGCCCCGUACCCCGAUCGCACAUCCUCGUAUGAUCGCGAUGGCUAUGGGGUAGUCGACUACUACGAAAAGUACCGCGCCCGGCCGUAUGGCAUCACGGCCUACGAUGACCGGCGUGUCAGCUCUGUGCCCCCUCCCCCGCCACCCCCCUCGUCUGCCCUGAUGAGAGAGCGCCUGGGCGCCAGUACACUCGACCCCUACGAGCGUCGCCCCCUCCCUCCUCCGCCGUCCGCUUACUACGCUGCCCGAGACCGCAGCCCCAUCCGACGGGCGCCACCCACCGCACCGACCCCGACGGGCAACGGCUAUUCGUACGAGCGCUCCCGCCUCUCACCGCUGUCCAUGUCCCGGAGCGCGUACGGAAUGCCCCGAGCCCGGGACCCCUACGCAGACAGGGUGCCGCCCCCUCCUCCGGCGCGCUACUCAUACUAAAGAUUACAGCCAGCUCCACACACGUGCUCAAGGUGAGGAUAGGUGUGCAAUGCGAUAAGCGAUAAGUGUGCUGGAAGGCAUUCUCCCUCCGUGCCAUAAAGACUGGGUUUACAUACUACUCCCAGGAAAUGGCAGUGGCCUAACAAUGAGUGGCCUACUGCAGCAACAAAGAAAUGUCAGAGUGGGACAAUAAUUUUAAAAGUUAUGCCGACGUAAAGAAUGUGUUCUAGUAUUCUGUGGUUGGAAAAAAAUGUUCAUUGCCUCAAGAAGGUAAACGUUUCAAACUUAAACUUGAACCAAGAAGGAAUGUAAAAAAAACAGAAACUGAUAGGUGUGAUAGUCAAAUUGUAUUAACAAUUUUGUGUAUAGUAGUCGCUUGACUCAUGUGGUUUGCUCUCUUUCCAGGUUUAAAUUAUUCGACAAGGUCGUCGUCGUCUCCUGAUGCACACGGCGCAUAACGCAUCCCUACGUCUGGCGACGUGCGUUCCGUUCGGCGACGACUCAUAGUGGAAGAGUUUGUAAUGCGGACCUCCCGUCCUUAAAACACGCUUUUAGUCUCGUCACGUUUCCCCGUCUACUGGCUAAAACUUGUAAAGUUUGCAUUUUUUGUUCUGCCUGCUUGUCCAUAAUAGAAUACCUAUAUCUGUUUGAAUUUGAGAUGCCGCAAGACAGGUUGACUUCUUAUAGCAUAAAAUGUUAACUGGAUGUCGUUCAAGACGAGAGUUUUCAUUCUUCAUCAUUGAGAUUCAGUAUCUUAACUGUGUGAGCUGAAACGGAACGCUUUCAGUUUAAUUUAAGGAAAAUUGACAUUCUUUUUAAUGUAAUGGGCUAUAUGGUUUUAAUUUGAUACAUCCGUGGUUGUAUAUUCGUUUAAAAUAAAUUACUUUUGUUUUCACAACAUUCGUUUUGUCUAUUGCCUAUUGCUUAUAAUCUGGUGAAGGAAAAUGCUAAAUAGGCUUUUUUUUUGGUUUAAAACUGUAAACAGUAGACGAUGAUUUGAGUGUGUAAGUGUGAGUCGACAAAUCCUAAUUAAUCUAAAAGUAGUGAAAUGUACGUACUUCCCUUUAUAGAACUUUGGCUAAGAUCUUUUUAAAUAAAAUGUCUUGAAAUGCA